AUGAUUAAUCUCAAUGGGUAUAACACAACUAAAAAAAUACCUUCAUACACAGCUUCUGUUCUCAAAAGUAAGUUAACACACGAUAAACAUGACUCGGGCAUUUACGUAUUAAAUGACGAAGAUAUUAAAUCAAUAAAGGAUAUUUGUAUUAAAAACAUUCCAUUUUGGAACAAUUUAGAUUAUAAUGAUAUCGAGAUACAAUUGAAAUCUAAUUCAGUUUCAAAUAUAGUUUUCUUUGUGAAUUUAAUUUGCGAGAACAAUGAAAUAUAUCCGAAUCGUACUGUUAUAUUGAAGAAGCGUACCUCUUAUAGCAAUGUUAUUUAUGACAGGGAACUUCAACUUAAUGUAGCUGAACUACUGGGUGAGAAUAACCUAGGACCACGUGUGAUUUGUAGAUGUUCAGACUAUACGAUUCAGGAAUUUGUGGAAGGAACCACUUUGAAGAACAGCUCAUUUCAAAAUUUAUCGGUUAUCACAAGUCUUGCCUCGACUUUGGCCAAAUUUCACAGGAAGGGUACUGAGAUAUCACUUCCUGAGUGGGAUAGAACACCCUUUGUUCUUAGACAUAUUAACAAGUGGACUGAACCGGUAGAACGUAUAAUUAAGAAACACAACUUGGAUUUCGAUUUUAACGAGUUACAAUCUUCGUUUGAACUGUACAAAACUUUACUAAACAAUCACAUCAAAACGUCAAACUCAGUAGCCAACUCUGUUCUGUUUUGUCAUAAUGAUUUAUUUUAUAAAAACAUUUUACAGUUUCAACAAGGAACAUUUUUGAUAGAUUUUGACUACUCGGGUUAUAAUUAUGUUGGUUGGGAUGUUUCAUGUUUUAUUAUUAAGGCACAUCUUGAUUACAACGAAACUGAACAGUAUUAUUUUUGUAAUAAAUCAUAUGAUAUACCUUAUAAUUUAAGGUGCAUUUUUGUUUCUAUUUAUUUAUCUGAACUUUUAAAUAAGAAUGUGUUACCAUCAGAGAAUGCAGUAAAGGAAUUCCUAGAUAGUUUAGAAACACACUCUCUAGGAGUUCACAUUUUUUGGAUGUAUUGGGGACUUAUUAUGUUUGAUAAACCAAAUUCGGAAUCGUCAAUGUAUUUCGAUGCCUAUGAAUACGCCAAGUUUCAUUACAAUUAUUUUAAAUCACAAUUAAACAAAUUAAGUCAUUAA